GGAUCAGCUGAGGGAUCCGAGAUGUCCGUUGACAGCGGCGGCGGCGGCCGCGCGGCCGGUUCCGGGUUCGGCGCGGGGCGGGGGAUGUGAAGCCGAUGGAGCGGCCGGGGGAAGGCGAGCAGCCGCCGCAGCAGCAGCCGUGGGGGAGACUUCUCCGCCUGGGCGCCGAGGAGGGCGAGCCGCACGUCCUCCUGAGGAAACGGGAGUGGACCAUCGGGCGGAGAGGAGGUUGUGACCUUUCAUUCCCCGGCAAUAAACUGGUCUCUGGAGAUCACUGUAAAAUUAUAGUGGAUGAAAAAUCUGGUCAGGUGUCGCUGGAAGAUACCAGCACCAACGGAACAGUAAUUAACAAGCUGAAGGUUGUUAAGAAGCAGACUUGCCCUUUACAGACUGGGGACGUCAUCUACUUGGUGUACAGGAAGAAUGAGCCAGAACACAAUGUGGCAUACCUCUACGAAUCCUUCCAUGAAAAGCAAGGCAUAACGCAAGACUCCUUCGAGGCUAAUAAAGAAAACGUGUUCCACGUGACCAAAGAUACCUCAGGUGCAGGGCAAGGCGACGACCCCCAGGAUCCCCAGGUCCUGCCAUCGCCACCCGCCACUCAGGUGUGCUUUGAGGAACCACAGCCAUCAACGUCCACAUCGGACCUCUUCCCCAUGGCCUCUACCUCUUCCAUGGAGCCCACCUCUGCAGGACGAGGGCCUCCCUCCAGCUCCGGCUCGAGAGGUGCAGACGUCUCCCCAAAAGGGUGUGGUCCAUCUGUGGCAAGUGAUGAAGUCGUCAUCUUCCCUUUGGCUCUCCCAGCAAGAGAGGGGGCGUCCUUUUCUCUGUCGGAACCCAAGGACCAGGAGGACUUGGAGCCCGUCAAGAAGAGAGUAAAAGCAGAUGGGGAGCCCGCCCUGAACCUGCCCCUGGUCACGGACCCGGGCGGAGACCCCCACAGUACCCUCGACGUCAGAGCUGCGACCGUGAAGCCAGACAAGAUGGAGGAGACUCUCACGUGCAUCAUCUGCCAGGACCUGCUGCACGACUGUGUGAGCCUGCAGCCCUGUAUGCACACCUUCUGCGCUGCCUGCUACUCGGGCUGGAUGGAGCGCUCUGCCCUGUGCCCCACCUGCCGCUGUCCAGUGGAGCGGAUCUGUAAAAACCACAUCCUCAACAACCUGGUGGAGGCAUAUCUGCUGCAGCACCCGGACAAGAGGCGCAGCGAGGAGGACGUGCGCAGCAUGGCCGCCAGGAACAGGAUCACGCAGGACAUGCUGCAGCCCAAGGUCAGGAGGGCCUUCUCCGACGAGGAGGGGAGCUCCGAGGACCUGCUGGAGCUGUCGGACGUGGACAGCGAGUCCUCGGAUGUCAGUCAGCCGUACAUCGUGUGCAGACAGUGCCCCGAGUACCGCAGGCAGGCGGGGCGGCCCCUUCCCUGCCCAGGGCCCGGCAGUGAGCCAGGGGCACCGCAGGCCCCUGGGGAUGCACCAUCGACGUCCGCCAGCAUCACGACAGCCCAGGACUACGUGUGUGCCCUGCAAGGAAGCCACGCCAUAUGCACCUGCUGCUUCCAGCCCAUGCCCGACCGGAGGGCGGAGCGCGAGCGGGACCCCCGCAUCGCCCCCCAGCAGUGUGCCAUCUGCCUGCAGCCCUUCUGCCACCUGUACUGGGGCUGCGCCCGGACCGGCUGCCUCGGCUGCCUGGCCCCGUUCUGCGAACUCAACCUGGGCGACCGGUGUCUGGACGGGGUGCUGAGCAACAACAACUACGAGUCGGAUGUCCUGAAGAAUUAUCUGGCCACCAGGGGUUUGACGUGGAAAAACAUGUUGACUGAGAGCCUCGGGGCUCUGCAGAGGGGAGCGUUCCUGCUGUCUGAUUACAGAAUCACCGGGAACACCGUGCUGUGCUACUGCUGUGGCCUGCGGAGCUUCCGCGAGCUGACCUACCAGUAUCGGCAGAACAUCCCUGCUUCUGAGCUGCCGGUGGCCGUAACGUCCCGUCCUGAUUGCUACUGGGGCCGCAACUGCCGCACUCAGGUGAAGGCCCACCACGCAAUGAAAUUCAAUCACAUCUGUGAACAGACGAGGUUCAAGAACUAAACAUCCAGGGAGGCAGCACAAUGGCUUGGGAGUAUUGCCAGUCAAUGACAGUGUCUCAGAAAAUACUGAAUACAGACGCUUUAAGAGCAUUUCACAGUGCCCCUCAGGGGACGCCGGGGGUCUCUGCUUCGGGCACUCUGGUGCGACCUUUCUCUUGUGGAGUGAGACCCUCUCGGCGAGAACCCCUACCAGUGGCGCCCAGAGCCCUGGGCCAGAGCAGGAGCUGUCAGCCGUCCCCUCCUGUUGAAGACGACCACAAGGUUUGCUCUCUGUACCUUUCGCACAGCCACGGUCAAAGCAGACGUCUCUCUUCAAGAAAAGUGCCCUGGGAGAAGAAGGGGAAUUUGUCAGAAAUGCUGUGCUGUUUGAGGGAAGGGAACAAAGUUUCCAGCUGGGGCGCACACAGCGGCUGACCUGUGCACUUUCAUAGGUUUGGUGCUCAUCUCCUAAUAAGACUUAAAUAUCGCAAACUGUAGCACAAAUGAUAUAACUUAUAAUUUACAAGUUGACUAAAAUGGGAGAUAGUAUGAUAUUUGAAAGAAUAAGCAUAUGUUUCUGUUUAUAAAAGAAAAAUCAUCAGACGUCCAGGGACCCCAGCUCCAAGGGCAUGAUUGGGUCACUGCCACGCCGGGCUCCUCAACACAACUGCAGCCCUGCCAACCUGUCCCGCCUUCUUCACUCCUCCCCUGCGGCCGGGGCCGGGGUGGCCCAGGGACCUGGGGUGCAGGUCGUCCCUGGUGGUGCCCCGGCCUGCCAGUAGCAGCUUCUUCCCACCGAGAGUUUCCACAAGUCCUUGCCCUUUCCGCCUGCUAUGGGUUUGCUGUGUCAUCUGGAAUAAUACUUGAAAUUUUAUUGUUUAAAAAAAAAAAGUUUUUUAUCAGUUGUUGAAAUCACCCAUUAACGUUUGUUUGCAAAAUUGUACCUUUUUUGCUUCUUCUCAGGAAUACGAUUUUCAACUUUGUGUUGCUCUUGAUACAGACUCUGAGAAGCAGCGCUCCGUGGAAGAAGGCCUCCUUCCUGCGUUCUAAUAAACAAGCCGUGUCUGUUUCUCUCCCCGGCACGUUCAUUCGUGUGCUGGUUGUGAUGUGCUCCCUCCUGUCACGGUGGGACCGGCUGCAGGCGUCACUGGUUACCUGCUGACUAACAAAGAGCCCACCCGGGGGGCUCUACUUGGAUUAGCCUCGCAGGCCCUGCGGGCGCGUGUGACCUGGGGUCAGGGCCCGGGUCUGAGCAUUUGGGAAAAGGCACGGGUUCCCUUGGAUCCGCCAACCCCGACUUGGUCCCAGGUUGAAGGCACGGCUUUGUGUCUAAGCCCCAGCCUGGCUCGUGCGGGCACGAAGCUGCCCUCCACGCUUAGGACCUUGACUCAUCACCCCCUUCACUUCUGACCCUGACCCCUCCCUCAGACUAAGAACAGAGACGCAGGCCCCGUAGCAGAUGUAGCAGCGCUCUUGGCCAAGGCUUAAACACGCAGCCUUCCGUGGGCUACGCUGGAUCUGUCAGCGAAGGGCAGGGCAUGCACCACGUCAGACUGCUGGUCCCCGGUGCCGGCCCGACUGCAGUGGAACUUGGAUUCCCCACUUCUGACAAGCACACCGGGGUCAGAACGGAGCUUGUCAGCUCUGCCCUGAGGCAGGAGCCCGGGCCGGGGUGGUGGUUCUCCAGGCUUGCUGACAAGCUGUUUUACAGGGCGCACCGUGCGGUGUUUCUGCGACUUUUCUCUACUUCCUGUUCCGUGACACACACACCCCCGCCCCCUGCCGCAUCCAGCCCACAGUGGGUUGGAGCCUGCUGUGUGCUCGUGUCCUGGUGGCUCAGCUCGUGCCUGAUGACUCCCAUGUGCUUGUGGCCGGCUCCUUGGGCCCAGCCCGCGUCCUCGUACAGCCUUGCUCAGCCUAUCCCCAGACCCGUGUCCCUCUUGGGCUCCUGGUGCCCCCGUCAGACGGGCUGGCCCUGCCUGCGCUUCCCAUCUGCUGGGCAUCCUCCAGGGGCUGCACACUUGCCCUUCCUGGCCUGUGGGUUCAAGCUCCCAGGCAACCACCUGGAGUCCUCUUCGGGCCAGCCUCUGUCAGCGCUCCUGGUGUGACCAAGGACCCAGCAGGUCAUCUUAAAUACCUCAUAGCUAACAGGAUUGGAAUCACAGGCCCAGAUCUGAGAGCCCCAGCAUGACAUCGGUGGAUCUUGCCCCAGGGAAGUGCCCAAACAGAGAGAGUGGAUUCUGAGCCAGGCCUCUAUCAGUGGGGGCACUGCAGCCAGACCAGUCUUCAUGCAGCCAGCAGAGAAGACGCCCAGGAAAGCUCAGGUUCUGAAUCAGGAUUGCUGCUGCAGAGGGCACCAGCAGCCCAGCACCAAGCAGCUGACCUGUGCUCUGGAGGAAGGAAGAGAAAAUGGGGGAUGGAUUGGGUUUGAAAGUCCAGAGUGAGCCUGACUUCCAGCGCGGCUGGAUGCGAGACCCUUCUCUUCCUGUGUGUGGUGGCCGCUUCCCAGACCUCAGCCUUCCUCCAAGCUGACACAGGUGAACUGGUGGCCUCCCCACCACUUCGAACAGAAGCCUGUCCCUGACCCCCAAGCUGAUGAGCAGCGGGACCCAAGCCUCUCACCGCCUUCUAGCCGCCAGCACCCCGUAAGCAGGUGGGGCUGGGGGAAGGCAGGCUCCAGUGUCACCAGCGAAAAAGCAGACUGACUG